AACACAUCAGAUUUGUGCUGCCCCAGGGCCUUUGCAGGGGCUGUGCCCACUUCUGUUUUAAACUUCAAACCCCCAGUCUCAACCCCUUAGACCAUGGUCCCCCCACCCGCAUACCAUUCUUCACCCUGUAACCCAAUACACCAGUUACUCUAAGGUUAUGUUUUUCUCAAUUCUAUCUCCUGGUCUUGAGUGUCAGCUUCACCAGGGCAGGGAUUUUCCCAGGAGAGGGAACAGCCCCUGCAAAGGCCCCUAGAGGUAAGGAAGGCGUGCUGGAGCGGAGUGAGGGAGGGCACCAGUGGACGGAAGUGAUUUGCAAUGGGAUUAAUCCAGGCAGAUGGCAGCGGUGGGAGCCCCAAUCCUCUUACCCAAAGCCCCUUAGUACUUCCGCCACGCGGGUCACCUCCGGGCCCCUCCUGCCCCAGGUGGCCACCAUGCCGGGGCUGUUGGUCAAGAAGGGGACAGGGGGCUGGAGCCCGGCCCCACCGCUGUACGAGGAGUACCACCCUCCACCACUGGACGCCAUCCACCUGCCCAGGUACACACUGUACCUGCUGAUGGCUGCCCUCCUGGUGGCGGUCGUGGCCUAUGCUAUUGUCGGGCAUCUCCUCAAGGACCUCGCCCACGACCUGGCUGACUGGGCCUUCGGCCCGAAGCCGGACCAGGAUGCCCCCCAGGAGCUGCGCCCGAGCCUGGAGGGCGAGGAUCUGGAGGAGCUGGACCUGCAGCUGGCCCUGGCCUGGCGGGGCGACGAGGACACCGGCGGGGGCGGUGAGGGGGCUCCCGCAGAAGCCCCAGCCCGGGUCCCCCACCGCCCCUCCAUCGCCUUCAAGGACCCACCAGUGCAGGGCUCCUGGGGGCUGCCCUGAGCCGGCCCUGCCCGCUGGCCCGGGACUGGGUUUCAGCCCCUUGGCAGCUGUGCAGACGGGCUGGUGUGCACCGGAGCCCUUUCUCCCCGCGUCUGUCGGCUCUUGGCAGAAAAGGUUCACCUCCUUGGUUGGCAGGGUUCCGUGGCUGGACGCGGGCUCCUUCCACA